AGGAAGGAAGUCGCUGGCUAAUCGGCAGGCUCAUCAGAGAGCAAAGAGGCGGCGUAAAGCAGGAAGUGCAGAAGAGCUACUGACCCAUGCAGCACAUGAGCAUCACCAGAUCUAAGACUUCAGGAACUAAAACAAAUAAAGACAAUGUCCACUAAUGCUGGCACUGAAGACACAGAGGAAGACGAUGUAGAAUUUGUGUCUGAGGCUCCACUUAGACCUGUUCUGGAGUGCAUCGACCUGCUGAGUGAUGGAGAGGAUGAUGCAGGAGUGUGUACGAUUGAGGAUCAGGUGGACAGACAGAAGGCCCAAGCAGCUUCAACCCUGGACAGACUGGCUCGCCAGGUAGCUGUGGAAAAACAGGAGCGGGCAGAAAAGUGUAAAGCCUUUAAGGAGAAGAUGAUCUCUCAGCAAGCUCACGGCCGUCGCGAGUUAGCAGUGAGUCGAUACAGCAACGAGGACAACAGUGAUGCCAAACGCUGCGUGGACAUCUGGCUGAAAAUGCCAGGAUUAAAGCCUGGUAUCAUCAAUACUGGCAUGGGCUGGAGGCGCAGAUCUGCUCCCAAUCCCUCGUUAAGAUCCGCCCCUCAAACCUGCCCUGUCAUUAACUGUGGACGGGUAUAUGAAAAUGGCCCUCUGCUUGAGGGUCACCUUAAAAGAUUUGACCACUCUCCAUGUGACCCUACAAUCAUGCUUAAGGGCAGCCCUGCUUCUGUGUAUGCCUGUGUCGCGUGUGCUCGUCAUUUUGACACCAAAGAGCUUUGGAGAAUGCAUCUGGACUCUCAGUUGUCCUUGUCUAAUACUGGUGGUCAUGACAGCUCUCAGACCUGCCAGUUGAUUGUUUGCUUCGCUUGCCCUGCCUGUUUCCUCCUCUUUAACAUCAAAGAUGAGUGUCUCCAACACAUGGCAGCCAAAAACCACUUCACACCCUCUGUCUCUUUCCAUGAGAUGAAGUCAUCAGGACCAAUUCCAGUUCCACGAUAUGCAAAGAACCGGCUAAUUGCUUUAUGUAAAGAUAUUGCAUUCAGAGUCAAAUGCACAGCUUGCUCAAAGGUGCUUACUUCACACAUGGAAGCCAAGGCUCACUUCAAUGUGCACUGCAGACAAGGCUGUGCUAUUGCAGAAGCUGAUCAAAGUAUGGCUGAGGUCAUGAAGCAGCUCACAGUUUUGAGCCAGUGCUCUGCCUGCUCCAAAAUCUUCCUAAGCCAAAGACAGAUGGAGGAACACAAAGAACAAACUCAGCACGAGGUGGAGACGAUCAGCAGGAUGGAGCGAGCACUUUUGGUCUACAGCAACUACAACGAAAUCCGACAAAACCUCAAGGGUACAACCAGUCACUCCUCUAAACAAGCCAGUGCAACCAGAUCUUCAUCACAUAAGGAUAGAAGAGAUAAAAACGACUGCCUGUGGUCCCCUGCCAAGCGGCAGAGACUCUCCACCUCAAGUCCUCAAGCUAAAUGUGAUAGUCCCUCGACCCUCGCCUGGUUCUGCGAAUGUGGCCUGCAGUUCCUGGAAGAGGAUCAAGCCAGCAAGCAUCUUCUAGCAGCCAACCAAAUCUUUCACAAGUGUGCCGUCUGUGGUAAGCUAAUGGGCGAAUCGUCCAUCGCUCGUUUGCACAUGAGCCGGUUCCACGGCGGCGCUCAUCUCUCCAACUUCCUUUACCACUGCAGGCUGUGCAAAGUAGACAUGCCAAGAAUUGAGCACAUCCUGUCUCAUGUUGGUGUUUCCCAUCAAGGGCACACCUUUUAUGAAGAAAGAGAAAAAACUAAAGAAGAACAGCUGUCCUAUCCUUCACAGAAACCAUCCACUACUGUAAACAGCAAGCCAGCUGUUUCCCCUCCACACGAAAUCAGAAGCAAGGAACGGUGGCUGUGCCGAAUGUGCGAGGAAAUCUUUGACUCCGAAGCUGUGGUCCUCAAGCACUGCAGCGACGUGACCAGUCACAGCUUUCAAAGGUUCGCUUGUGGCCACUGUCCGCAGAAGUUCUUUAAAGAGUCGACCCUCCGCCGGCACUGUGCUAAUGAGCACAAUAAUCAGCUGCUCCUUCGCUACUUCUGCGGACUCUGUGACAGCAUGCUGUACGACUCUGAGCAGGAGUUCCUAGAGCACUAUGCCAACCUGCACAGCAAGGAUUACUACCACUUGGACAAAACAGAGAACGGAUCUUUUUCAGUCCCAGACAGUUCUGAUGAGGUACCAACAACGAGUAAAAGCCUUCCCCAACUCUGUCCAUGCAUGGGCUCUCAAAAAGCCAAAGAGGAAACCAAGUCCACCUUUACCAGAUGCAUGAAACAGCUGGCCAUAGAAGGCAAAUGUGGAUACGUCUGUCAUCGAUGCACAGCCAAAACAGGCUCUUACGCGGAAAUGAAAACGCACAUGCACUUAAAGCACGAGGCUCUGGGCAAGGACAAAAGCUUUAGUGUUGUAUGCGAGUCAUGUUCCGAGAGCCAUAAGGACGUGCCCGGUUUCCACUCACAUUACCAUGCCCAUCACUGCUUACUGGAGCCAUGUCUGUCCUCUCGAUGUGGUGGCUCGAGCAAGGACGACACCCUGCUCACGAAGAUUCUGAACGCAGAGGAAAUCUCUGUCGAAAAGAAUGCUGACGAGUUUCAGGAUGUAAAGACAGCUAUUGCUUCGAGCACCAUUUCCAAGGAUAACCAGGGUGACUUUGAUGAGGAGAUUAAACUGGCUUUGGCUUUAAGUGCAGAAGAAGCGAAGAAGCCAACUUCAUUUGACCAGGAGAUGGAAGAAGCUCUGAAGAGAAGCCUGGUGGACUUUUGAUCAGAAGCUACACACACACAAACACACAUAAUUUGUUCUUUUUCAUUUCAUUUGUUGUAAUGACUGUAAGCUGUUAAAUAUUUUUUGUGAAUGUGUUCUGAGGAGCAAAUAAAGAAAACUAAUGCUUAA